AUGGCCUACGGCAACGAAGCCGGUGUUGGAGCGGGUAUUCGCGACUCGGGCGUGCCCCGGGAAGAUAUCUGGAUCACCACCAAAUUGCGGAAUAAUUGGCAUAAUCGGGCUGAGCAAGGGUUGGAUGCGUCGCUGGCGGCCUUGGGGGUCGAGUAUGUGGAUUUAUAUCUGAUGCAUUGGCCGGUGGCGAGGGAUCCGACGAAUCCGGCUCGGUUGUUGGAUGGGUGGGAUUUUGUGAGGACGUGGCACGAAAUGCAAAAACUCCUGGCCACCAACAAAGUCCGCAAUAUCGGCGUGUCUAACUUUGGUAUUACGAAUCUCGAAAUUCUGCUUCACAGUCCAUCCACCACCGUGGUGCCAGCCGUGAAUCAAAUCGAAUUGCAUCCGUACAAUCCCUCCCCUAAACUGGUCGCCUACAACACGUCCAAGGGAAUUCACACCACGGGCUAUUCAUGCCUGGGCUCUGGUCGCUCGACAAUCUACGCGGAUCCCGUCCUGAUCAAGCUCGCGGCGGCAAAGGGAAAGACUCCCCAGCAGGUCUUGCUGAUGUGGGGCAUCCAGAAAGGGUGGAGUGUGAUUCCUAAAUCGGUGAAUGAGAAGCGGCUGGAGUGGAAUUUGGACUUGAAUGGGUGGUGCUUGGAGACAGGGGAGAUGAAAGAGUUGGAUGGGGUGACGGGUCGGGUGAAGAUCUUGGGGGAUGGAUGGUUGCCCGUCAAGGUGUUUUUCGGAGAUGAUGAGUGA